UUAUAUUUUNGUUUCCCCCCUCAAUGUUCAUCCUGGAUUAUUACACCUAAAAAAGAAUUUUUGCCCAGCAGCUCAAAGUCCCGUUUAGCUGCUACUUCCACAGCUGAAAAAGUGUCAAUCAAACCUAUUGGUCUAUAAUGCUAAAAGCUAUACAAAUUAUUGGUUCCUCUUCUUCAGGGUGUUUUUCCCUUCCCCAGAGAUUCAAGCAGCCUUGUUCAAGAAUUUCAAUCAUUUCGAGAAAACCCAUCGAGCCCACAAAUUUAAGAAGUCCCAAGACUCGAUCUUUGGCUUUUCAAAUUCGUAAAAUCACUCAUUUUACCGCUUUCCAAAUGUCCAACACCCGUUCCGAGUCGAGCCCAGAUGGCGUUUUACCAUCUUCAUCAUCAUCGUCUACAGCAGUUCAGACAACUGGCUGUAGUAGGAAAAUCAAUUUCUGCCAAUGGUGUGGUGGCUCGACAAAGCAUGAGAUACCGGAUGGGGAGGAAAAGGCAAGAGCCAUUUGCACACUGUGUGGGAAAAUCACUUAUGAGAAUCCAAAAAUGGUUGUUGGUUGCCUCAUUGAACAUGAAAACAAGAUACUGCUAUGUAAACGCAAUAUUCAACCGUCAUUUGGCCUUUGGACUCUUCCAGCCGGAUACUUGGAGAUUGGAGAAUCUGCUGCAGAAGGAGCAAUUAGGGAAACUUGGGAGGAAGCAAAUGCAGAAGUCGAAGUUCAGUCACUGUUUGCUCAUUUAGACAUCCCUCUCAUCGGCCAAACGUACAUUAUUUUCCUGGCAAAGUUGAAGAGACCACACUUUGCACCGGGUCCAGAAUCAUCCGAAUGCCAGCUUUUUGCGCAUGAGGAUAUUCCUUUUGAUUCUUUGGCGUUUUCAUCGAUGUUGGUCACGUUGAAAUUGUACUUUGAAGAUAUGAAGGUUGGAAGUCCCAAGUUUCACUAUGGCAUCAUAAACAAAAGGCCCGGUACAAGCCCUUCGGAGAUUAAUGCUUACACGUUCGAUCAUCAUAUGAAAUGCUGACAAAUUACAUCCCUCGACUGGGAUGAACAUAGUGUAGAAAGUCGACUGUUAGGUUUUUAGGGCCCAACACUAAGUCGUCCUUGAUAUGUUUUGUAAUUUGUUUCACUUGGCAGUGUUGCUUUCUUCUUCUUGCAGGUGACAAAUUGCAUAAUUGUACUAACUGAAUUGUACUGUACAUUUGAAUAUCAAAAGGGGAUUAUUACAGAAUGCUCCUUGAGGUUUGAUUCAUUACACAGAACUCUUAUUCGGUGUCAAUUAGUUGGAAAUAAU